UACAGGAAUCAGUGCCUCUAAUUCUGAAUACAUGUCUUACAGCAGCUGGGUGAAAAGAGAGGAGUUUUAAAUGAAACUAAACAGAAUCAUAGCAAGUGCAUAGGGAGACUAUCUGCAAGAGUGGCAAGGAUUGCAAACAGCCAGGCAACAUUUUUCACAUGCGACAAAGGAUGGUACUGUGGCCCUGUUGUUGCUGAAGGAAGGUUUUGGAUUUUAAAAGGAUUUUAAACUUUUACUUUCUUUAAAGGCUUGCAUUGGAAAAGCCAGGUCAUAACUGGAAACAAACUAGAGCACAGGAAUGGAAGAAAAAUACAUUUACUGAAUGAGUUGUUUACUGAAGAAUUAUUAUUUUUUUUUUAAAUAGGAAUAUACAUUUAAAGGGACUCCUGCGGAUUUGGUGUUAGGUCACACAUCUCCAUUAACUUGUGUAAAAAAAAAACUAUACUGGAAAACUUCAUAAGUUAUCUUGUUCUUAAGAACUAUUUUCUUGUUAGCUGUUUUUGGCUUUUUGCCCAGCUAUGGCAUCUGUACACCAUGUACUUGACCCUAUUACCCGUGAAUCCAACCCCAGUGAGGAGAAACAGACAUCAGUGACGACCCAAAACGAUUGUCCCCUCACAUUUAAGGUAAUCACGCUAUCUUUUGUGAAGAAGACCAAGUUUCACGGUCUAAAGUAUGUUUUUGCCAGCAAUCGCUCAAAGCCACGUAGGGCAUUUUGGCUCUUGGCUUUCUUUAUCUGCGUCGGAUUGCUGUCCAUGUGGUCGUGGAACCGUAUUCUUUAUCUGAUGUCUUAUCCUGCAGUGACCAAGAUCCACAUGGUGUGGGCUCAGAACCUUUCCUUCCCAGCCGUGACUAUCUGCAACCACAACCUCUUUCGCAUGUCCAGGCUGACCAAGAUGGAUCUCUACUACAGCGGCUAUUGGCUAGACCUUCUGCACAUGAACCACUCAGUCAACGAGAACAGCCUACAGGUCCUCCGGGACGACAGGAAGAAAAUGCUCAUGGAUCUGAUGGACUUUAAUCAUUACACCCCCCCGGCUCACUUUGUGGUCAACACGACAGAGAUGAUGAACAGGCUAAGUCACCAGAUGGACGAGAUGCUUCUGGAAUGCAAGUUCCAAGGGGGAAAUUGCACCUUCAAGAACUUCACACCUAUAUACACGCGCUACGGGAAAUGUUACACGUUUAACUCUGGCCUAGACGGCAAUCCAAUACUGACCACACUGAAGGGUGGGACUGGGAAUGGCCUGGAGAUCAUGCUGGACAUUCAGCAGGAUGAGUACCUUCCAGUCUGGGGCGAGACCGAUGAGACCUCUUAUGAAGCAGGGGUCAAAGUUCAAAUCCACAGCCAAGAUGAGCCUCCCUUCAUAGACCAGCUGGGAUUUGGUGUAGCUCCUGGUUUUCAGACAUUUGUGUCAUGCCAGCAGCAAAGGCUGAUGUACCUCCCUCCGCCCUGGGGGGACUGCAAGUCGACGCCGAUAGAGUCAGAGUUUUUCUCCACCUACAGCAUCACGGCUUGCCGCAUUGACUGCGAAACACGCUACCUAAUUGAGAACUGCAACUGCAGGAUGGUUCAUAUGCCAGGUGAUGCCAUUGUGUGCACCCCGGAGCAAUAUAAAGAGUGUGCAGACCCAGCAUUAGAUUUCCUGGUAGAGAAGGACAAUGAUUACUGUGUAUGUGAGACUCCCUGCAACAUGACCCGCUAUGGCAAGGAGCUCUCCAUGGUAAAAAUCCCCAGCAAAGCAUCUGCCAAAUACCUGGCCAAGAAAUUCAACAAGACUGAACAGUACAUCGGUGAGAAUAUUUUAGUCUUGGAUAUUUUCUUCGAGGCUCUGAACUAUGAGACAAUUGAGCAGAAGAAGGCCUAUGAGGUAGCAGGAUUGCUCGGUGACAUUGGAGGUCAGAUGGGGCUGUUCAUUGGAGCCAGUAUUUUAACAAUAUUAGAAAUAUUUGAUUAUUUGUAUGAGGUAUUUAAAGAGAAGGUAUUGGGUUAUGUCAAACACAAGAAAAGGCCAAAGAGGAGCCAGAGUGAUAAUCUGGAAUUUCCAGAGAACCCAACCAGCCCUGGUGUCACGCCCAAUCAUUUCCCCAGAGCACCUGUGAUACACUCCGGAGUCACUCGGACAGUCUCGGAUUCACGCCGAACAUGUUACCUCGUCACCCGACUCUAGGCAACUUCGAGGAGUUUGCUUGUUGACAAUAAACUGCAGGGGGAGGGAAAAAAACGGGGUUGGAAAAGAACUCUGACAGAAAUAAUGAAAAACACUUUAAAAAAAUGAAAAUGUAAACUU